GGAGGAAGCUCUGUGCCCGCUUUGCCGCCCGGUUCGCCCCGCUCCCCUCCCGCCCGGCCCAGCCGAGCCGCCUCCUGCCCUUCGAGAUGCCGGCUUACCACUCCACUUUAAUGGACUCAGACACCAAGCUAAUUGGGAACAUGGCACUGUUACCCAUCAGAAGCCAGUUCAAAGGCCCAGCACCUCGAGAAACUAAGGACACAGAUAUUAUAGAUGAAGCCAUCUACUACUUCAAAGCUAAUGUUUUCUUCAAAAAUUAUGAAAUUAAGAAUGAGGCUGACAGAACCCUCAUCUAUGUGACCCUCUACAUUUCUGAGUGCCUGAAAAAGUUGCAAAAGUGUAACUCCAAAGGCCAGGGAGAGAAGGAAAUGUACACACUAGGAAUCACUAACUUCCCAAUCCCAGGGGAGCCAGGCUUUCCACUUAACGCCAUUUACGCCAAACCUGCCAACAAGCAGGAGGAAGAGGUGAUGAGAGCCUACCUGCAGCAGCUGAGGCAAGAAACCGGCCUUCGCCUUUGUGACAAAGUGUUUGAUCCUCAGAGUGACAAGCCAAGCAAGUGGUGGAUCUGCUUUGUGAAGAGGCAGUUCAUGAACAAGAGUCUCUCAGGCCCUGGGCAGUGAAGGAAAGUGGCAACAACUUUAAACAUUUCCACAGCAAGAUGUUCAAGUCUUUUGCCUUUGUUUUGGAUACAUUUUGUACCAAGGAAGAAUGAAGCGGUUAUGAAGUAAAAAAAAAAAAAAAAAAAA